AUGGCAUUCAGCGAGCACAUAGAGCACGCCGCCCAUGACUCGAACGGAAUCCAUCGGGUCAAUCACCACCCGCUCUCGCUCGGCUACGACAUCAGCAUAGACAUUCUAAAGUACCUCCCGCUAGUCGAGAUCAUCCGCCUCGAACGUGUGAAUAAGAAAUGGCAAAGGUUUAUGCGCGACUGGUUGGAGUCCCCCGAGGCUCGACUUCACCUCCGGCCCCCCUGGUCGUCGGUUACCUCGAAGACGGACUGCAACCCUCUGUCGUACGCGGAGGCCAGGAGAAUCAUUGCCAUCCGCCACCGGCUCCAAACAGGACGUGCGGCAGCCGAUAACCACCUCAGACACGUUGAUGAUCUCGGUGAUUUCUGUCAGCUUUCCUCGCGCGGCGGUCUCCUCGCAUGGAGGCGCGCCGGGAGGAAGACUUGCUCAGAUUCCUUUACGGAGGCUCCAUCGUGGAUUCCUAAUCUUGAGAGACCCGAGCCCGACACUGUCAUCUGUCGCCGUGUUUGGGAACAGGCUGGGGAGGGCAUAGGACAUGAGACAACGUCACGUCUGACUAUACGUCUCCGCAAGACGGAAGGAAUGCGAGGCGAGGUCAAGAGGCUCCGCAUGAACUCCGAGGGCGUGCUUUUGAUCGACGUGGCUUGCCCCCCACUAUCCUACAAAGAAAGCAGGCUGAUCGUCUAUUCGACAACCGAGCACCGGAUACUGCUGCAAUUCCCAAACGACUUUGCCCUCAGGCGGGACUCCGGCUUUCUUAUCCCGCUGGAGAUCGGCCGUGAGCUGAUCUAUUGCGCAGCCCUUUUGAAGAACGAGUGGAGACUAUUAGCAUACAACUUUCGAACGGACAAAAUGGUAUACGACGUUUUGUCUCUGGGCCUCCACACGCACCCGGGAGAGCCCAGCCACUUGAUCUGUUCAUGCGACUCUCCCGAAAUCCUAAGACCAUGGAAAGCGCUGCGCGAGCUGUCACGAUUGGUCUCCACAAGAAGCGGCGGAGAAUUCCUUGUCCGAUCCUGGACACGUUUGCCCACGGCAGAAGAGCUCAAGCAGGUGAAGAAGUUAUACCACUCGCCCCAAAUCCUCCAGCUACACAAUAUCCACAUCAUUCGCGGCAGCGAUGGAGAUGCCAUUCAGUCUCUGGUACCACACUGGGUCGGUGCCAGCGACGUGUUAGUGGAUCCAGUAAGCGACCAACUGGUCAUCGUCUGGAACAAUGUCUGCACCCAGGAAAUCACCUGCGCGUACUGGGAAGACACUCUGCACACCUCGAGGUAUAGCGCCACUGUCAUCCUCCCGGUCGACCUCAAGGCCCGGCCAGGCCGCAGGAUCGGCGAUGCCGUGGUCUUCCUGCAUCCCUACUGGGGCAACAGACCAUUGUCCCUUGUCCAUGCUUUUGCCAUGACACAGCUGGACCUCCACUACGACCCCUCCCCCAAUACGUCUGGGCCCCGCCACCUGCUCAUCCACACGGCCUUCCGACGAACAACCGACCGACUCCUCCUCGAAGCUGCAGACAGGGCCAUUCGGAAUCUGUUCGUCGGUGACACGCCCCUAGUUGGCCACUGCUACGAGACAGACUAUCGAGGCGGCGUCUCGGGGACGCCUUAUUCGGGCGAUCCGAAACCCGACAAUGUGGCGGAAUGGAAUAGUACGUGCGAUUGGACGGUUCCGACCAGGACGCAGCUGCGCUUUGUGGGCGAUGGUCAUGAGCGCCUGGUGGUGCCCACAGCCAGGUCGGAGAGGUUGUGUUUUGAUUUUGUUUAG